AUGAGGCUCCAGUGCUCUCUGUUUGUUCACGUCUGCCUAGCUCUUGCACUCUUCUUAUCAAACUGCCUAGUUACUGGAACAUCCUCUGGCUCUGCCUUAUGGCUCAACUAUAAGUCCCCUCCUCCUCCAUUUCACUACAAACAUAGAACACCACCGCCACCACCUCCAAAACCAUAUUAUAAGCCGCCGCCACCACCACAUCGUAAAUGCCAUCAUAAAUCCCCGACACCUCCUUUAUACACUUACAAGUCACCACCGCCGCCUCCAAUGUUCAACUAUAUAUCCCCACCACCACCACCUCACCAUGUUUACGAGUACAAAUCGCCACCACCUCCUCCGCAGCCAAAGCCCCACCACCACCACAACCAUAAAUGGGGUCCGUACCCAUAUGCAAGUUACCAGUCACCUCCACCGCCGCUAACACACCAAGAGUAUCCUAUUUAUCAUUACAGCUCCCCACCACCUCCGGGGUUGUACUGA